AUGCCUGUACAGACGUUUUAUCUCCUUGGAAAUCCCGUCACGUCCGCUAUAAAAAUCGAGAUCGAGUCGAACACUGACCUUGACGGACUCAAGCAUUUGAUUGCCGCGCACUUCGCUAUCGUCGAGCCAAAUGUCUCUGACAUUGAAGUAGGAAUUGCAUUACAGUUCGAGGAUGCUGAACUCACCGAAGUUCAAGACGUCAUGUCUGCUCAGGGAUUAGUGGCGAUUACCAUUGAUGGCCAUGCCGUCCGCGAUCCCGCGGGUCCCAAGGGCUUGCCUGUGUUGGGCAACUACUUGGAGAUCUACCCCGAUCACCUUGGAAAUCACCAGCGCCUUUUUGAGCGAUUCGGUCCAGUUAUUAUGACCAAUAACAUGGGUCGCGUGACCUACCAAACCAACGACCCCAACAUCGCAGCCAUUGCCUUCGCCGAGUCCGACUUUUUCACCAAGGAGAUCAAUAAAGCCCAUCCACUUCACGCCCUGAAGACCCCCUCUGCCGGUAUCUUCCUGGGUGAUACUGAUACUCCUGAAUGGAGAGUGGCUCACAAAUUCUUGCCACCCGCACUGGGUCCUAAGGCAGUUCGUCAUUACGCACCUACUAUGCAAAAGACCGUCGAGGAUGCCUGCGAAGUCUUCGAUAAGCUGGAUGAGCAGGGUGAAGCCUGGAAUGUCUACCAGUAUAUGCUAAAGCUCGGUGCUCAGGCCGUCGGCAAGCUCACUCUUGGCUUGGACUUCGAGCACUUUACUUCGCCUGACGCACCUGUUCACGAGAUGGUUCACCUGAUUGCUGAGAUGCUCUCUUUGAAUAAGAAGGUCACUUCUAAGGGUGACUGGUAUAGCAGUCUGCCCUUUGGUGAACCUAGGCGCCUGAAAGAAGUUAAGAACCGUAUUCAAGGCAUGGUCGAGCAGUCUAUCCAGAAUGCUGCUAGGGGUGGUGCAGAUGACCUCCCUCUACAAGAUGCCGCAUUGAAGGCGUCAAACAUGGUAGACUAUGCCAUCCGUGCCACUGACAAUAAGGGCGAGAAAUUGCCGAAGGAAAGUCUCGUAUGGGCUCUUGUCGUAGCGACUGCCGCUGGCUUCACAACAACGAGCUCUCUACUUUCGUGGCUCAUCUACGGCCUGGUCACCUACCCGGGUAUGCAGGAGAGACUUCUUCAGGAACUUAUUGACAACGAUUUCAACGACGAGACAGAGAUCACUGCUGAUUUCACUGAGCGUCUGGUCUUCCAAGAUAAGUAUAUCAAGGAGAUGCAGCGCAGACACAACCCAUCUUUUCAACCUGGACGUACCGCAAAGACCGACCUUAUCCUUCCUGGAGGUUAUAAGAUUCCUAAGGACGCAGUUAUUAUCCCUGCUCUUCACCAUAUUCACAACAACCCCGAGCUCUGGGACAACCCCUACAAGUUCGACCCAGACCGUUGGGACACCCCGGAGGUCAAGAACAGACACAAGGCCUCUUACGUACCAUUCGGUGCUGGUCCGCGUAUGUGCAUCGGCUUCAACUUUGCACUCCAGGAGAUCAAGGUCUUCCUCCCCAAGCUGAUCUACAACUAUAAGUUCGUUCGCGAGGGUGACGGACCCAUCGAAUACGAUCCGAUGUUUCAGCUUAUCCGCCCCAACAACUUGUAUGUUCGUGCUCAUAAGCGUGUCAAGUGGCCCCCUAGGUCUGAGGCUGCUGUUUGA